CAAGACAAAAAGGGAUUAGGUGACGACCCGACCCGACACGACCCGUAAAACCCACCCGGUAGAGAGUUGUAGAUAGAGUUCAUCAUCCUGCAAUAAAAAGGGCAAGUCUUUUGUGUGUCCGUUUCUAGUCUAUCUCUUGUGCAACUCUUAGGGUUUUUAUCCUCCAAAGUCACAGUGCCCCUUCUUCUCUUAUCCUCAAGGACAGCAGAAAUGGCGGCGACUCAACUUACAGCAUCACCAGUGACUGUGUCAGCUAGGAGCUUAGCCUCACUCAGAGCUUCGAGUGCCAAGUUUGGAACUUUGAAACCAGGCACCCUUAAGCAGAGCCAGUUCCGCUCUUUCGUUGUCAGAGCUGCUUCUGUUGUUGCUCCUAAGUAUACUUCCAUUAAGCCAUUGGGAGAUCGAGUUUUGGUGAAGAUCAAGGAGGCAGAGGAGAAGACUAUGGGAGGUAUCUUACUUCCAUCCACAGCUCAAUCAAAGCCUCAAGGAGGUGAAGUCGUUGCCGUGGGUGAAGGAAGAACUAUUGGGAAGAACAAAAUCGAUAUCGAUGUCCCUACUGGCGCGCAAAUUAUUUACUCCAAAUACGCAGGAACUGAGGUGGAGUUCAACGAUGUUCAGCAUCUCAUUCUCAAGGAAGAUGAUAUUGUUGGCCUUCUUGAGACCGAGGACAUAAAAGAUCUCAAGCCCUUGAAUGACCGCGUCUUCAUUAAGGUAGCUGAGGCUGAGGAGAAAACAGCUGGAGGGUUGUUGCUAACCGAGACUACCAAAGAGAAGCCUUCUAUUGGCACGGUGAUAGCAGUUGGACCAGGUACUCUAGAUGAGGAAGGUAAGCGUCAGCCACUAUCGAUAUCAUCUGGAAGCACAGUUCUUUACUCCAAGUAUGCUGGUAAUGACUUCAAGGGCAAAGAUGGUUCCAACUACAUCGCCCUGAGAGCUUCAGAUGUGAUGGCUAUCCUUUCUUAGUUUAUAUCUUUGUAACCUGCAAUUUGUAUCCCAAUUGUGGAAAUUUUUCAUAAACGGCUUCAGCAUUAUCUGAAAUAAAGACUUGAGUUUUCUUA